UAUACGUCGAGUUGUAAUCGCGGUCGCCAUGCCAUGCGGUUGUUCCGUGAUUGACAUUUUCGUUCCUGAAUAUGUCGUUGAAAAAGUGUUUGUGAAAUUAUUAUCUUUGUUUCAAAAAGAAAAAUUUACGGAGUGAUAGUGUCGAAAAAGUGAGUGCAUAAUUACUAUGAAGCGACAAGUGACUUUCUUUUGAGAAUUAAAAUCUCGAAUCUUCACCCUGUCGGUUAUAUUGUUAGAGGUUGGAUACAGCAGUUACAAUUUGAAUUUGACUACAUAUUCAACAUAUAAACAGAAAAAGCAGUUCGCGUUUUGAAAAGAUGAUGUUCUAUGUUUGGUUGGUGGAGCAACGAAGAAAAACUGAUCUCAAUGAGAAUGUCAGUGAGUGAAUUCAGUGAUAUUUUCACGAUCGCUGGUAUAUACAAGUAGUACUGGUUCCUGGUGCGUCAUGGAACGGUGGUCACGAGGUUGGCCAGAGUCAGAAUAUGGGAAGGAAGCAGUAAGAUAUACUUGGCGGAGGCUGAGCACCGCUUCCGAUCUACCGCAAGGAUCAGAAAGGAGGGGAAGAAAAAAAGUAGAACGAAGAGUUUUCUUCGAGUGGAGGGAGGUUCCACCUAACAUUGGUAAUAAUGAAUCGGAAACUAGUUGCUUCGUAGAAGAAGGUUGGAAAAUUGACCUCCCUAAAUGAAUCGAUAAUCUCUUAGUCACACCGCGAAGUAGUCGAGCGAAAUUGGUCCAUUAUUGUGUGUCGGUUUACGAGGUGUAUCCAGAAACUCGAGAAAGGAAGGAAGAGACGAUACUGAAGAGGCAAAACUGGCAGAAGAUGAAGAACAAAUACGAGGAGAAGAAGAAGGGAUACGAGUAUGGAGUCAGACUCUUACCAACCGCAAGAAAACUGUCCUUCCUGGCAUGAUCUUCUUCGAUACAAACCUGUCGGCAGCUUGUCAGCGCAGCGUGCAGGAUAUCGUAUGCGACGCGUUUGUAUUCUGGCCAGAUAAAAAAGGGAUAAAGAUAAGACGAUGACAAUCAACGAAGGAAAUCCUGUGCCGACCGCAACCUUUUCUUCAGAAUCGAUGACCACUUCCACCGGAAGCUUGGAUGAUGAUUCCACAACGACGUCACAACUUUCACCUUUUUCAUCAACGUCCUUUAUCGAAGAUUGUGUUUACAGAGGCGAGGGCAAUGCGAAUAUCGUAGUUGCACUUCCACAAGAACAGAAAGUAAUUCGAUUUCGGAAAUCGCUGCCAGAUGGUGUUUCACCGGAUGGCGGCAAACAACGAACCGAACGACAAGUGGAAUUCGUGAGGUUUGUGGCUUUCUGUUUUUUGGGCCCGUACACGCAAGUCCCUGAGAUUCUUCGUUACGAUGCGAAAGACAUUGCUAAACUUUCAGAAGCUAUUCGACCUCUACGAUCAGAUAAACGACGUAAUAAGGAAAUCAUGGACAUAUAUGCCACAACAUUUCCGGAUUACACGUUUCUUCCAAUAAAAUUCGAUACUAAUCUCUUUCCAACUAACAGAACAUUUUGUGUUGAAAUUAAACCAAAACAGGGCUAUCUGCAAGAUAUUGAUCGGAAAUUUCAAAAAUGUCCUUACUGUCUGACACAAUAUUAUAAGUUAAGGAACAAGAUGAUUACAUGCCGUAGCACUUAUUGUCCGUUUGAUCUCUUCUCGGGAGUGGAAACUCGUAUGAAAUCGGCACUAAAAGCACUACUAACAUCACCACAGAAUAAUCUCAAGAUUUUUAAGGAUGGCGUUAUAGUUUAUGACCAAGAAUCAACUUGCAGUGAUCUUGAAUGUGUCUUGACGGAAUGGUUUCACAAUUCUAUUAAUUUUACAAAUAUAGAAUACAUUGAUCACUUUUGUAAUUUAAUUUGCACUGCUCUUUUACGUCCGUUUAUUUCGGAAGAAUUUAAGUGUAAUAUAUUUCCUGCGCAUGAUUUGCGCACAUCUGUUAUCGAACAAGAUUCGAAGACGUCCUCAUACAUUAAUCCGGAUCUGAUAGCAAGAGCUAAGAAAUAUUUGUAUUUUACUGGAGAAACGUGCAACUUAAAGGGGGAAAUAUUGCCAAAUAAUUCGGUACUAGAACGAAUACUUCAUAUGCAGCGGCUAUCUUUUAUUAGCUCAGAAUAUGUUUAUAAUACGUAUUCAAAGUUUCGUUCAUGGCUAACUGAUGAUAUUAUAUAUUCUAAUUUAAUAAACAUGUUCAAACUUGAUGAUCGAAUACCUUAUCCCAAACAAAAAAAAACUACUAUAGGCAUUCCUGAAACAUUAAGAGACACUUAUAUACAAACAUAUGCCAAAGAUACUUCGAUUUCAAAAAAAUCCAAGCUUGACCACGACGAUUAUUGUGGCAACAAACGUAUUAAUAAGCCUAGUGAAAAUAUCCUUAUAUCGAAACCAAUCUUAAUACCAAUUGAAAAACAUAAUUUAUGGUGCAAUAAAUUUAGCGUAUUAAGUAACGGAGAUAAAGUACACUGUAACGAAAAAGAAACAUAUUUUUAUGUAAAUACUGAAAGUAUACUAUGCCUGCAGAACUAUCUCUUAUUUUCAUGUGCUAGAGAUUGUUCGAUAUUGAUGUCAUUUCGAGAAAUAAAUCCGAAUACAGUAUCGCCUACUCUCGAUAAAAAUAUAGUACAACUUCCAGAUGGACUCAGCUUUGUUUGUAACAUCAGGAUAUGUGACAUAGAUCCGAAAAGUCUACAUUGCAUUGAAAAACAUCGGCAACGGGACAUUGAUGUUUUAAAUUCAGUAAUAUCCUUUCUAGAAGAAGAAUUUAUAAUUAAACACCAAAAGUCGUUUGAAAAACGAUUACCGUAAUAGUAAUCUUCAACAAUAAGUAAGACCUUACUGUGUAACGUUCCUGUAUCUCAUAUCUUUUAAAAAUAUAGAUGUUAUACAUAUAUGUAUAUUUUACGUAUCUCUAUGGUGUAUGUAGUAUUUAUAAAUAUAGAGAACAUAUGUAUAACAGAUAUGUUUGUAGAACAUGUAUAAUACAAAAAUUAUAAUAUUAUUAUGUUACAGUUAUAUUGUAAAGUAUUCACAAUUAAUAAUGCAAAUUCACAAUUGUUUAUUAAAAUAUAUACUUCAUAUAUUCAUAUAUUCAUCUAACAUAAUCAGUAGUUUAGUUAGUUUAACAAAAGUGUUUCAAACAGAAACUCAUCAAUAACAGAUGAAGAAUUUGCGGAUGUAAAAGAGCUUCCAAGAAGUUUCAUUUUUCCAUUAACACACAUACAGAGGGGGGGGGGGUGUCUUUAUAUUUCUAUUAAAUAAUACCAUAUAUCUUUCCUGUCAUAUUCUUAAACACAUUAUGUUAAAAGACGAAAUCAGUGAUGCAAUAACACGUAUCAUUUUAAUUAUCUGAUCCUAAUAACUUAAUUUGUUCCUAAAUUAGUACCUACACUUUCAUCGUCAAUACAUAUUGAUGUUCCUAAACAAAUGAAUGAAUUGGCGAUGAAGUUGUAAAUUACAUUUUAUACAAACAAAUAAAUUAUAUUAUUAUAUGUAAUUAAAAAUCAAUUCAUACUAAAAAUAAGAAACAGAUUAUAUUGUUAUAGUAUCAGCUAUUUAUUUAAAUGAUAUAAUUUUCAUUAAUUUAUUUAAAAUGAUAUAUGUUUACAUAUUUAACAACGUUAUUAAAGUCGUCCUUUUUGGUAACUAAAGAAUAUGGUCAAAAAAUACAUAUAUGGUAUCAUUUGAAAAAUAAAGAAACUGAAAAUGAAAAUGAAAAUGAAAAUGAAAAUGAAAAUGAAAAAUUUACACUUUUAAAUUUUGAUACCAUUGAACUUUUGUUUGAAACAUUCAUUUGUUCGAUUGCCGGAAUCAGCACAAAAAUCGUAAUUCAUGUACCACUCCGUAUAAAAAAAUAAUUAUACUAUUAUUUCAUCAAUAUAAUGAUCACUAGAUAAUCUCGGUACUAUUUUUGUUUCAAAUUUUAAAUAUUAAUAUUUGCAUUCAGUCAAAUCAUUAUUUUAUUUAAAAAUUUGGAGAUAUUUAUAUAGUAUCUAGUUAUUAUUAAAUUAAGAUUUGUAUUUCUUAUGAUAAUAAUAUCGAGUUUAAUUAAAAGUAAUCUAAUGAUAAAUUAUUGUUCAUGGAUAACCAUUAGAUUAUUAAAUUUAAUUACCAUUUUGUGCAAAACAACAUAAAACAUACUCUAGGAAGUAAGUAGAAAUGAUAUAUAAAAUAUACAAUAGGAUAUUUACAUAGAUGUCAAAAGUAAAGUUACACAUUUUUUAUAUUGCUCAUUUAUGAUACAUUAUUUGAAAAAAAAAACUGACAAUAUUGUAUUUUAUUUAUCUAAAUGAGCACAUAAAUUGUUUGAAAAGUUUUCAUAUACAUAUAUAGAAAUGUAGCUAUUAAGGUUGGAUUUUAGAUUUAAUAUGCAAUCUGCAAUCUUAAUCAGAUUGUAUUUCAGAUUAAUAUUUAACAAAAUAAAAUGAAAGCAUGUACAUUACGUGAAAAUAUUUGUAACUGUUUACUUAAUAUAAAUUACGUGAAUGCAUAGACAUCACAUUAAAUUUAUAAUGUACUGUAUAUCACAUCAUGUUUUAUUACUAACCUAUAUGCGAGUACAUAAAUAUUUAAUGAAAUAAAAAUGAUUUACAUUGUGUACUAUUAUUAUUAAUAACCAGUAUUAAAUUGAAAGCUAAAGGUUUUAUAUAGUACAUUUUAAAUUAUUUGUAAAUACCAAUUUCCAUUAAAACAUAUAUCGAUAUAUGUUAAUAAGUAAUAAAUGCUUUAAUCGAAAA